GUCACCGGUUUUAGUGUAACUGCCCCAUAAUUGGCGAUUUUUAUCUUGGUUCGGCUUCCUGAGCUGAAGCCCGUCAGCGGUGGGUUGUGCAUCGUCACCGGUGACUUUGUGGUGCGGAAGGAGAGGAUCAUGCACCCAGAAAUUUGUCUCUGAACGUCCUUUCCCAGCGCGUGAAGCCAGUCUCCAAAAUCCAUCAUGGAUUAUCUCUCCAAACCCGGGUUGCUCAGUGUCAUUGCCGGAGUCGCGUGUGGCAUGUGCCUGGGAUGGGGCAUCCGUGGGAGACUUUUAAGGCAGACCAAAGCUGGAAUGACUGCUCCUGUCAAUAGCCUGGGGAGCGAAGCCAGCAUCAUGGGAGAGUCUGGGGAGUUCAAGAUGGUGCUAAUUGUCCGCAACGAUUUGAAGAUGGGAAAGGGUAAAGUAGCAGCACAGUGUUCCCAUGCUGCUGUUUCUGCCUACAAGCAAGUUCAAAGAAGAAAUCCUGAACUCCUGAAGCAGUGGGAAUACUGCGGACAGCCUAAGGUGGUCCUUAAAGCUCCUGAUGAAGAGACUCUGAUCCAACUCCUGUCUGAAGCAAAGCACCUCGGACUGACCGUGAGCUUAAUACAAGAUGCAGGUCGUACUCAGAUCGCUCCGGGCUCCCAGACAGUCCUUGGUAUUGGACCGGGACCAGCUGAUGUAGUAGAUAAAGUUUCUGGUCACCUGAAACUCUUUUGAACAGGGACCAAAGAAAUCUGAAUGCAUUGGGGUGUAUUGGUACCAAAGGGAUAAAAUCCAGGUUUGGGGAUUUUUGCAUAUAUUCUCUCAGUAUAAAUAAAACAACCAGGCUUUGUAAGAGA